GGUUUGUGAAAGGUGUGCUGUGUUUCAAGGGAUUUUGUUUUGAAGGGACGGUUGUGCGCUUACUUGCCUGGCAGGGUUUGGUAACAUCGUGGAUACAGAGAAGCUUUUUAGCUUCAACUCUUGUUGUUUGAAUGGGAGAAGGACACAGAGCAAUCAUGCUGGUCUGCUGCUGAGGAGGCUGGACCCGUUACACACAGGCUACCAUCAGCCUACACUGCACUUUGUUUUGUUUCUUCAGCUUUGUACUGGACUGGCUGGUUCCAGCUUUUCUCCUUUCUUCUGUUUUACUACUACUGUUUAAUUCGAGUUGUUUUUUUGUUUUGUUUGUUUUUUUUGUUUGUUUGUUUGUUUUGGGAGGCCUGAAAACUGUGCAGUGCAUUGCAUUGCAUUGCAUUGCAUUGCUUCUGUCCCCUUUUUGUGUUUAAGGCAUUUUAAUUGAUUACUUAUUUGGAAGCAAAUGGAAUUACAGAGGGCAUCCAGCAUGCCUGGACACUUAUCCCCUGGAUUUAGCCCCAGCCCCAGCCCCAGCCUUAGCCCUAGCCCUAGCCCUGGACCUGGCUUCACAGCUCAGGUACCAUUCAAUUACAACCAGCUGGAAGGAAGAUUUAAACAGUUGCAAGACGAACGUGAAGCUGUACAAAAGAAGACUUUCACAAAAUGGGUGAAUUCGCACUUGGCGCGUGUAUCCUGCCGAAUCACAGACCUGUACAUGGACCUGCGCGAUGGCCGCAUGCUAAUCAAACUGCUGGAAGUGCUCUCUGGGGAGAGGCUUCCCAAGCCAACAAAGGGAAGAAUGCGUAUCCACUGUCUGGAGAAUGUCGACAAGGCCCUUCAGUUCCUCAAAGAACAGAGGGUGCAUUUAGAGAACAUGGGAUCACAUGAUAUUGUGGAUGGGAAUCACAGACUGACGCUUGGUCUUAUUUGGACCAUCAUUCUCAGGUUCCAGAUUCAAGAUAUCAGAGUUGAGACUGAAGACAACAAGGAGAAGAAAUCUGCCAAGGAUGCCUUGCUGCUGUGGUGCCAGAUGAAGACUGCUGGCUAUCAAAAUGUCAACAUUCGCAACUUCACCACUUGCUGGAGAGACGGCAUGGCUUUCAACGCACUUAUUCACAAACAUAGGCCUGACCUGAUUGAUUUUGAUAAGCUGAAGAAAUCCAACGUUCACUACAAUCUGCAGAACGCUUUCAACCUUGCAGAGCAACACCUUGGUCUCACCAAGCUCCUGGACCCAGAAGAUAUCAGUGUGGACCAGCCUGAUGAAAAGUCCAUCAUCACUUACGUGGUAACAUACUACCACUACUUCUCCAAGAUGAAGGCUUUGGCUGUAGAAGGAAAGCGUAUUGGAAAGGUGCUCGACAAUGCCAUUGAGACAGAGAAGAUGAUUGAAAAGUACGAGUCCCUGGCUUCUGACCUCCUGGAGUGGAUCGAGCAGACCAUCAUUAUCCUGAACAAUCGCAAGUUUGCCAACUCACUUGUUGGUGUACAGCAGCAGCUACAGGCCUUCAACACGUACCGCACAGUGGAGAAGCCCCCUAAGUUUACAGAAAAGGGUAACUUGGAAGUGCUUCUUUUCACCAUUCAGAGCAAGAUGAGAGCAAACAACCAGAAAGUGUACCUGCCCAGAGAGGGGAAACUCAUCUCUGAUAUUAACAAGACCUGGGAAAGACUGGAAAAAGCAGAGCAUGAACGGGAGCUGGCACUGAGGACUGAGUUGAUAAGGCAAGAGAAACUGGAACAGCUGGCCCGCCGUUUCGACCGCAAGGCAGCCAUGAGGGAGACCUGGCUGAGUGAGAAUCAGCGGCUCGUCUCACAGGACAACUUUGGGUAUGACCUGCAGGCAGUGGAGGCUGCCACCAAAAAGCAUGAAGCUAUUGAGACUGACAUUGCGGCCUAUGAAGAAAGAGUGGAGGCGGUCCUGGCUGUGGCCAGGGAACUUGAAGCCGAGAACUACCAUGACAUCAAGCGCAUCACAGCCAGGAAAGACAACGUGAUUCGGCUUUGGGAGUACCUUCUGGAGCUGCUCAAGGCUCGGCGCCAGCGACUGGAGAUGAACCUGGGGCUGCAGAAGGUCUUCCAGGAGAUGCUUUACAUUAUGGACUGGAUGGAUGAGAUGAAGGUGCUCUUGCUGUCCCAGGAUUAUGGAAAACACUUGCUUGGCGUGGAAGAUCUACUGCAGAAACACGCUCUGGUUGAAGCUGAUAUUGGUAUUCAGGCAGACAGAGUGAAGGCGGUCAAUGCAUCUGCUCAGAAAUUUGCAAGUGAUGGAGAAGGUUACAAGCCAUGUGACCCCCAGGUUAUCCGUGACCGGGUGGCCCACAUGGAGUUCUGUUAUCAGGAGCUGUGCCAGCUGGCAGUGGAGCGCAGGGCCCGUCUUGAGGAAUCUCGUCGCCUCUGGAAGUUCUUCUGGGAGAUGGCAGAGGAGGAGGGAUGGAUCCGAGAGAAGGAGCAGAUCCUGUCGUCCGACGACUACGGCAAAGACCUGACCAGCGUGUUGCGCCUCCUGAGCAAACACAAGGCCUUCGAGGACGAAAUGAGUGGCCGAUAUACCCACCUGCAGCAGACGAUACGGGAGGGAGAAGACAUGAUCUCUGAUGACCACUUUGGUUCUGACAAGAUCAGGGAGCGGAUCAUGGACAUUAAGGAGCAGUGGGCCAACCUGGAGCAGCUGUCUGCCAUCAGGAAGAAACGCCUGCAGGAGGCCUCCAAUCUGCACCAGUUCCAGGCCGAUGCUGACGACAUUGACACUUGGAUGCUCGACGUCCUCCGGAUCGUCUCCAGCAGCGACGUGGGCCACGACGAGUACUCCACCCAGUCACUGGUAAGGAAACACAAAGAUGUGGCUGAAGAGAUCGCCAGCUACCGUCCUGUCAUCGACACCCUAGAGGAGCAGUCCAAGGCCCUCCCCGAAGAGCACGCCCAGUCCCCAGAAGUCCUGAGCAGGCUGUCCGGGAUUGAGGAGAGGUACAAAGAGGUCACCGAGCUCACCAGGUUGCGCAAGCAAGCUCUGCAAGAUGCUCUGGCCCUUUAUAAGAUGUCCAGCGAGGCUGAUGCCUGUGAGCUCUGGAUAGAUGAGAAGGAACAAUGGUUGAUCAGCAUGCAGAUCCCAGAGAAACUUGAAGAUCUGGAAGUAAUCCAGCACAGGUUUGAGAGUUUGGAACCGGAAAUGAAUAAUCAGGCUUCCCGUGUGGCUGUGGUCAACCAGAUUGCUCGCCAGCUGAUCCACAGUGGACACCCUAGCGAGAAAGAAAUCAAAGCCCAGCAGGAUAAACUUAAUACCAGAUGGAGCCAGUUCCGUGAUUUGGUGGACCAAAAGAAAGAUUCUCUCAGUUCUGCAUUGGGUGUUCAGAACUACCACCUGGAAUGUAACGAAACCAAAUCGUGGAUCAGGGAGAAGACCAAAGUUAUUGAAUCUACUCAGGAGCUGGGCAACGACCUGGCUGGAGUCAUGGCCUUGCAGAGAAAACUGACAGGAAUGGAAAGAGACCUUGCAGCCAUCGAAGACAAGCUGAGUGACCUGCAGAAGGAAGCUGAAAGGCUGGCCGCAGAGCACCCAGACCAGGCUCAAGCCAUAAUGGGUCGUCUGGCGGAGAUCACAGACGUCUGGGAGGAGAUGAAGACCACCCUGAAGAACCGUGAGGAGUCCCUGGGUGAAGCCAGCAAGCUUCAGCAGUUCCUGCGUGACCUGGAUGACUUCCAGUCCUGGCUCUCGAGGACCCAGACCGCCAUCGCCUCGGAGGAUAUGCCCAACACCUUGACGGAAGCAGAGAAGCUGCUCACACAACAUGAGAACAUCAAGAAUGAGAUCAACAACUACGAGGAAGACUAUCAGAAGAUGCGUGACAUGGGCGAGAUGGUAACGCAAGGCCAGACGGAUGCCCAGUACAUGUUCUUGCGCCAGCGCCUGCAGGCCCUGGACACCGGCUGGAACGAGCUGCACAAGAUGUGGGAGAACAGACAGAGUCUGCUGUCUCAGUCCCACGCCUACCAGCUGUUCCUCAGAGACACAAAACAAGCAGAAGCAUUCCUCAAUAACCAGGAGUAUGUGUUGGCACACACUGAGCUGCCCAACACCCUGGAGUCUGCAGAGGCUGCAAUUAAGAAGCAGGAGGACUUCAUGACCACCAUGGAUGCCAAUGAGGAGAAGAUCAACGCAGUGGUGGAAACGGGCAGGAGACUCGUUAGUGACGGGAACAUCAGCUCUGACAAGAUCCAGGAGAAGGUGGACUCCAUAGAUGACAGGCAUAAAAAGAACCGUGAGGCUGCUAGUGAACUCCUGAUGAGACUCAAGGACAACAGAGACCUGCAGAAAUUCCUUCAGGACUGCCAGGAGCUGUCCCUUUGGAUCAAUGAGAAGAUGCUUACAGCGCAAGACAUGUCAUAUGACGAAGCCAGGAACUUGCAUAGCAAAUGGCUGAAACACCAGGCGUUCAUGGCCGAGCUGCAGUCCAACAAGGAGUGGUUGGACAAAAUUGAAAAGGACGGAAUGCAGCUUGUUGCAGAGAAACCGGAGACUGAGGUAGUUGUUAAGGAGAAGAUGUCAUCCCUUCACAAAAUGUGGGACGACCUGGAAUCCACCACCCAGACCAAGGCACAGUGUCUCUUCGAUGCCAACAAGGCAGAGCUGUUCACCCAGAGCUGUGCUGACCUUGACAAGUGGCUGAUGGGUCUGGAGGGACAGAUCCACUCCGACGAUUACGGCAAAGACUUGACCAGCGUCAGCAUUCUGUUAAAGAAACAGCAGAUGCUGGAGAACCAAGUGGAGGUGCGGAAGAAGGAGGUGGAGGAGCUGCAGGGCCAGGCCCAGGUCCUGAGUCUGGAAGGUAAAGACACAGACGAGGUGGACAGCAGGAGGCAGGUGGUGGAGCAGAAGUUCAAUGAGCUGCUGGCACCACUCCAGCAGAGGAAGAGCUAUCUCAUGGCCUCCAAGGAGAUUCACCAGUUCAACAGAGAUGUGGAGGAUGAGAUUUUGUGGGUUGAAGAAAGAAUGGCAGUUGCAACUUCCACAGACCAUGGUCACAACUUACAAACCGUACAGCUUCUUAUCAAGAAAAAUCAGACUCUUCAGAAGGAAAUCCAAGGCCAUCAGCCACGUAUUGACGACAUCUUCGAGAGGAGCCAGAACAUUCUCACUGACGGCAGCCCCAAUGCUGAAGCCAUUCGACAGAGGCUGGCGGGGCUGCAGGAGCUGUGGAAUCUCAUGAUCGAGGAGACGGAGAAACGCCACGCCCGGCUGGAGGAAUCCCACAAGGCUCAGCAGUACUACUUCGACGCUGCAGAGGCCGAGGCCUGGAUGAGUGAACAGGAGCUGUACAUGAUGUCGGAAGAGAAGGCCAAGGAUGAGCAGAGCGCAGUUGCAAUGCUGAAGAAACACCAGAUCUUGGAGCAGGCUGUAGAAGAUUAUGCUGAGACAGUGCACCAGCUCUCUAAGACCAGCCGGGCAUUGGUAGCAGCUGGACAUCCUGAAAGUGAACGUAUCGGCAUGCGACAAUCCCAGGUGGACAAACUCUAUGCCGGCUUGAAGGACCUGUCUGAAGAGAGGAGGGGCAAGCUGGAUGAGAGGCAUCGGCUCUUCCAGCUGAACCGAGAGGUAGACGACCUUGAACAGUGGAUCGCAGAGAGGGAAGUGGUGGCCGGGUCACACGAGCUGGGACAAGAUUACGAACACGUCACUAUGCUGCAAGAGCGUUUCCGUGAGUUUGCCCGCGACACCGGCAACAUCGGGCAGGAGCGAGUAGAUGCCGUCAACCACAUGGCGGAUGAGCUGAUCAAUUCCGGACAUUCCGACGCUGCCACGAUCGCAGAGUGGAAGGACGGUCUCAAUGAGGCCUGGGCAGACCUCCUGGAGCUCAUUGACACUAGAACACAGAUCCUGGCCGCCUCUUACGAACUGCACAAAUUCUAUCACGAUGCCAAGGAGAUCCUUGGGCGCAUCGACGACAAACACAAGAAGUUGCCUGAGGAGCUGGGACGAGACCAGAACACAGUGGAAGCACUCCAGCGAAUGCACACAACAUUCGAGCAUGACAUCCAGGCAUUGGGCACACAGGUGAGACAGUUGCAAGAGGAUGCUGCCCGUCUUCAGUCCGCCUAUGCAGGAGACAAGGCUGACGAUAUCCAGAAGAGGGAGAAUGAAGUGCUGGAAGCCUGGAAAAUGCUGCUGGAUUCCUGCGAGGGCCGUCGGGUCCGACUGUUUGACACCGGGGACAAGUUCCGCUUCUUCAGCAUGGUUCGAGACCUCAUGCUGUGGAUGGAGGACGUCAUCCGUCUGAUCGAGGCCCAGGAAAAACCCAGGGACGUGUCGUCGGUCGAGUUACUGAUGAAUAACCACCAGGGGAUUAAAGCAGAGAUUGAUGCCCGUAACGACAGUUUUACUACCUGCAUUGAGCUUGGCAAGUCUCUCCUGGCACGGAAACACUACGCAUCAGAGGAGAUUAAAGAGAAGUUGUUACAGCUGACCGAUAAGAGAAAAGACAUGAUUGACAAGUGGGAAGACAGAUGGGAAUGGCUAAGACUGAUACUGGAGGUGCACCAGUUUUCCCGGGACGCUGGUGUGGCGGAAGCCUGGCUGUUGGGGCAGGAGCCCUACGUGUCCAGCCGAGAGAUUGGGUUGAGUGUGGAUGAGGUAGAGAAGCUGAUUAAGAGACAUGAGGCCUUUGAGAAGUCGGCAGCUACUUGGGAAGAAAGAUUCUCUGCACUGGAGAGACUGACAACACUGGAAUUACUGGAAGUUCGGAGACAACAAGAGGAAGAGGAGAGGAGAAGGAAGCCCCCGUCACCAGAGCCCCUCCCCCAGCCUGCAGAGGACUCCGAGUCACCACAACAGUGGGACGGAAAAGGAGAGCAGAUCUCUCAGAAUGGAUUGCCGUCGGACCAGGAGUCUCCACGGGCGACAGAUGCUGUUGAUGCAGGUGAAAUCGUGAACGGAGUAGCAGAGCAAAGGACCAGCUCGAAAGAGCCCAGCCCGACUCCCUCCCCAUUAUCGAACCGCAAAGCCAGGGGUUCUAUUCAGGCAGCCACACUGCCAGCUAAACCACAAGAUACAACCUCUACUCAGAUGGAAGGGGUGCUGCAUCGCAAGCACGAGUGGGAGGGACACAAUAAGAAGGCAUCCAGCAGAUCCUGGCACAAUGUUUAUUGUGUGAUAAACAACCAAGAAAUGGGCUUCUAUAAAGAUUCUAAGAACGCCAGUCAAGGCAUUCCAUACCACAACGAGAUUCCAGUCAGCUUGAAAGAGGCCGUCUGCGAGGUGGCCAUAGACUACAAGAAGAAGAAACAUGUCUUUAAGUUACGAAUAACUGAUGGCAAUGAGUACCUCUUCCAAGCCAAAGACGAUGAGGAAAUGAACACCUGGAUUCAGGCCAUCUCAUUAGCAAACACCUGGGAUAAGUCAGAGGUGUCCCAGAGCAGCCAGAGCACUCCAGCCUCCAGCCGUGCACAGACCCUGCCCGCUAGUGUCACCGUGACAGGCGACUCGAGCCCUGGCAAGAGGGAGAGGGAGAAGGACAAGGAAAAGAGAUUCAGCCUGUUCGGCAAGAAGAAGUAACAUGGCACCUUGUAACACACUGCACUUCUCUUCCAUUUCCAGUGAAAUUCCAGCAUGCAAGCUCAGACCCAGUACAUCACACUCUGUGCCUAAUGUUCCUCAAAAUUGGAUUUAGAUGUAAUUUAGGGAGAGUUUUUAAAGAAAAAAAUGAAUUAAUUUUAAGACAUAGGGUGUGAGGUACGUUGGGCAGCAUUUAUUUUAAAAGAAACAAACACAGGACCAGAUUUAUUUUCUUUUUUUUUUUUUUUGAUUUUUUGAAAAAUUGUAUGUAGUUUUUAGGGUCUAAAUAUUUAAACAUUUCCUCAAUUUUGUGAGGCUGUCUUGGGAACCACCUACAUUCUUUUGCUGUUGGUAUGCAAGGCAGCGGUGCUUUUCAAAAACUUCCUUUGAUUCUGCACAUAUAAUUUCCACUGUAAAAUUCCAAAAACACUUGUUAAAUUCCAUUUACUAAGGUUGCUAUGCUGUGUCCUGACUAAUAAUAAUAAAAAAACCUUCCAUCCAUUAUAGGCUUUAAGAAGGUAUAUCAUCUUUGCCAAUUAUACCUAGUAUAAACAUGCAUUCAUUUGGAUACAAAACCAUUAUAACCUAGCGUUGUCUAUUAACCACACAUGCUGGGGUGUUAUGCAGCACGUGUGAAAAAAUAAGAAUGGUUAUAUAAGAAGGAUUAGUAUACUGAAACAAUUUUAAAACUGUAAUUUUAAACAUAUUCUUCUUUUGUGUUUUUUUUUUUAUUUGUUCUUUAGUUGCAUUAUACUGUGUUUCAAAUAAUUCUAGUACAAAGUAUAAAACAAACUAGAUGUAUAAUAAACACUUUAAAGCAUUGAUGUUAAGUGGAAAAGCAUUUACUGGAAAAAAAAGUAAUGUUACUGAAAUGGUUGCUUGCUUGUUGGCUUAUAGCACUGCGUGUUAUAAUUUUUGCUACAUUAUCUUGCUAUUUGAUACAUAGUGUGCAUUUCUCUGUCACUGUAACUAUUGUAAUGAAAUUGUUCAUCUUCUUGCACAAUCAAAAAUGACAUGUUAGGAAUGAAAUCCUCGCAAUGACUGGGCCUGUAAUCGUAUAGCAGAAGGGCCUAGCUUUCUGAUGUAUUCAACUGCACCUGUAGACUUUUACCCUCUCUGCUAAAUAUGUGCAACGUUAUUAAAAUGCUUUUAAAACUUGA